AUGUCAAUUAAACCAUUAGAUUCAUACAUUAAGAAUAGUGUACGCGUCUUCGAAGCAAACCCUUCAGAGACAAUCUUUACAAUAACGUAUAAACCUCUACAAGAGAGUAAUAAUAAUAAUGACGAUAAUAAUAAAAAAAAUAAGAAGAAGAGUGGACCAUCUGUAACAUUUAAGACUCAUAAUAAUCACCUUGAUACAAAUUAUAAGUUCGCAACAAAUAAGAGUAAGGAUGUAUCACGUCUUUUGAAUGCUUUAGGUCCAAGAGGUGUCUCUAUAAUUCCAAGUAAAAUUGAAAGACAAGCUAUGAGAAAGAAAACUACAACAAUUAUUAAAGACGGUAAUAAUAUUACUAAAAAGACUAAACGGACUAAAAAGUCAAAGAUUGUUGAUACAAUUGGUAUAAGUAGUUUAAUUGUCAAUUCAAAGGUUAAAGAAUAUAAACCAGAACAGAAGUUACAAUCAUCUACAACAAAUAAUGAUAAAAAGAAAGGUAAUAAAAAAAAUAAAAAUAAGAAGAAGCGUUAA